AUGCGGCGCCGCAGCUCCAGCAGCAUAGAGUACAAGGCAGGGAGGACCGUGCCCUGGGGUGAGCAGGGCUGGGUCCCGGAGCCGGGUUACUGGCUGCUGGGAGCCUCCCUGGCCUCCUGCCCACUUGUGCUCCUCGCCCCCCUGCCAGGCGCCGAGCUCAACCUGGAGAGGAAGCUUUGCACCUUCCGGCCCCAGGUGGAGGAGGGCUGCAGGCUGCUGCUCAGUGCGAUUUGCUUGGGAGAGAAAGCCAGCCGGGAUGAGGUGAACCGUGUGGAGAUUGUGCCCACGGCAACGCCAGAGGACAAGAAACCGCCCACCAUCACCAUCGCCACGCUGAAGGCCUCAGUCCUGCCCAUGGUGGCCAUGGCAGGUGUCUCGCUGGCUCCCCCAGUCACAUUCCAGCUGCGGGUCGGCUCAGGCCCUGUGUUCCUUAGUGGCCAGGAGUAUCAUGAAACUUCAGACCCUGUCUGGGAAGAUGAGGAGGAGGAAGGAGAGGAGGAGGAAGAAGAGGAGGAGGAAGAAGAGGAAGAAGACGAUGAGGCAGAAGUGUCCAUAGAGGACACUCCCACCAAACAGGUCAAAAGGCCAGCACCGCAGAAGCAGACCAGUGCUGCCAAGAAGAAAAAGGUGGAAAGAGAAGAUGAGGAGGUGGCAAGAUUGUUCUGGCCUCAAGCUGAGCACUCCCCCUUGGUUAGGUGCGGUGUUCCACACAAGACGCCCUCGAAGAAGGGCAAAUCGGCAGAAAGACCUAGGAAGCUGGAGACCAAGAAGAAAGGCACCUUCGAUACCCCGUGAUCCUGGAGGCCUCUUCUUCCGGCCGUGCUGCGGCGCGACCCCCUAU